ACAACGCGUCCCUCCUCUAAACUUCUGUUACUCCUCUACAAGCGAAUACUCAGGCUUCAAUCUUAAUCCAAGAAUCCACGAUGCCUGCAAUAAAACUGCCGCACAUCCUUCUCCUCCCCUUGCCUCCCCCCGCCACCGACCUAAAAAUUAUUACUCUCCUGCACCCACGCACUCUCGUGCCAACCCGCUACUUGAUCCACCCAGCCCAAGGCCUGCACGAAAUUACCAAACUGACUGCGCCCUCCCCAACCCCUCGCUCAUGGCUCCUUACCCCCCCGCCUGAACCAUGCAGGCCGCCUAAAUGGCUCGGAAAUGGUCAGAUACUACAAGAUGGUAGCAUAUACAUUUGCACGCCUAUGGAUCCGAUAUUUGUGCUUUUACCCCGAUUGUUCCCUGCCGAUGAAGCCGAUGCGAUUGACAGGUUUCUUCCUGUGGGAGAUCUGUUUGAAGAGCUUACUAAAGAAGGAGAGGGCGAUUGGGAAUUGGUCGCCAAAUCACAGGUUGCAGAGAAGAGACUUGCGGCAGUUUGUGAGAGUGUGGACGUUGGUGAUGGGAAGGCUUACAAACCUUCCCGGGAGAAGCUCAUGAGGGUUUUGGAUGAGAAAUGCGUCCGAAUGGCCAAAGGGGGGUUGCCGGCCAGCAUGGAGGAGGGGUUUAUUCGGAAGCCAUUGAUCAGGCCGAUAGCCGAGAUAAUGGCUGAGGAGGCUGAGAAGAAGGAGGGUGCUGGGCGUGUGAAGGAAUUGGAAGUCAGAAGUGUCAAGAAGAAGGAAAAUAGGGACGGAGAGGGGGCGGGGUGGGGAGCCGCUGGGGCUCCUUCGGAGGCGGUCCCUACCCCGCCGGAUUUGCAGGCCACAAGACCCUGGCUCUCAGAAGCUUCGCAAGAGGUUACGGGUCUCCUACGCAUACGAGUCGCAAGUGAGUUCAUAUCAAAUAACUAUCUGUCCGUCUCCAUCGCAGAAGCACUCUCCGACUCUCUGCAGAAGUCACAUGAUUUCACACCCUUGGACGACUAUCUGGCGGAAUUGGCGAAAAUUCGGCAAGAGGCAACCGCAAUGCGUUUGGACGACUAUCCGCUCAAACGGAGCCUUGAAGAUGAAGAAGAGAUUGUUGACCGAAAACGUAAGAAGGGAGAAGGCGCAGCAGAAAAGAAGCAGAAGAAGAGUGUUAGCCGUGCCACUAAGGAGCUACAAAAGGCUGACAAGACGGGAAUGCCAAGGCUGACAACUUUUUUCCAAAAAAAAAAUGCAGAGAUCCUGUAACAAUUGUAUACUCAGUUUCAACAUUUUGUCUUAUUCUCGGAAUAUUAUUAUCUUUUCACUCCC